CGAGCGCUCGCGGUGGCUUAGCGAUGUCAAGGUGUGCGCGGGCGCAUUCCUAUUGGCUGGUGAGCGUGCAGAGGAGCGCCGCGAACUUAUUACUCCCGCAACCGAGACCGAGAGGUUAGGCUCUCCAGACCCUCAGCGCUGCCCGGCGCGUACGGACGCGUACUGCCUCUGUGGAAACUUCGCUGUGCCACUGUGAUGUGCCUGGAACGCCUGUGUGCUUGAGGCUUUGUUGGUUUAUUUUUAAAUAAUUGGCUCGUUUUGCCGAGUGUAAGUGGGUUAGGCUUUAAAGCUUUAUUUGCCCAUACAACCAGAAGAACUGGGACCAAAAAGACUAGUUAAUUUCAUGCCUGAUUCUUUAAGUUAAGUCGCGCCGUUGAGAUCCGUCUCCGCUGAGGUAUGGGCACUUUACGUGAUCUCCAGUACGCGUUACAAGAAAAGAUAGAGGAGUUAAGACAGAGGGACGCGCUUAUCGACGAGCUGGAGUUAGAGCUGGACCAAAAAGACGAACUCAUCCAGAAGCUUCAGAACGAGCUGGACAAAUACCGUUCCGUAAUAAGACCGGCAACGCAACAAGUCCACACGCAGAGCGUUCUGCAGGAACAUCAGCGGACCAAGAGGCAGGCGAUCUCAGCCGAACCCACAGCCCUGGACAUCCAGGAUCUUAAUCAAGUUACGCUCCCUUUCUACCCAAAGAGCCCACAGUCCAAGGAGUUAAUCAAGGAGGCCAUCCUGGACAAUGACUUCAUGAAGAACCUGGAGCUGUCUCAGAUCCAAGAGAUCGUGGACUGCAUGUACCCUGUGGAAUAUGACAAGGAAAGCUGCAUUAUUAAAGAGGGGGACGUGGGAUCCCUCGUCUACGUCAUGGAAGAUGGUAAGGUGGAGGUGACCAAGGAGGGCAUGAAACUGUGCACCAUGGGACCGGCCAAGGUGUUCGGCGAGCUGGCGAUCCUCUACAACUGCACCAGGACCGCCACUGUUCAGACUCUUACGAAUGUGAAGUUAUGGGCCAUCGACCGCCAGUGUUUCCAGACCAUCAUGAUGAGAACAGGACUCAUCAAGCACGCAGAGUACAUGGAGUUCCUGAAGAGUGUUCCAACAUUCCAGGGCCUUCCAGAAGAAAUACUCAGCAAACUGGCAGAUGUGCUCGAGGAGACCCAUUACAGCGAUGGAGAAUACAUUGUCAGACAGGGCGCUAGAGGAGACACCUUCUUUAUCAUCAGUAAAGGAAAAGUGAACGUUACCCAAGAGGAUUCACGCAGUGACACACCCGUUUACCUGCGAGGCUUGGGGAGAGGGGACUGGUUUGGAGAGAAAGCCCUUCAGGGAGAAGACAUCCGGACAGCCAACGUCAUUGCUGCCGAGGCUGUCACCUGCCUCGUCAUCGACAGAGACUCUUUUAAGCACUUGAUUGGGGGUUUGGAAGACGUCUCAAACAAAGGCUACGAGGAUGUAGGAGCCAAAGCCAGAUACGAGGCAGAGAACGCCUUCUUCUCCAGCCUGAAGCUGGUGGACUUCAACAUCAUCGACACCUUAGGCGUGGGAGGAUUUGGACGCGUUGAGCUGGUGCAGCUGAAAAGCGAAGAGACCAAAACGUUUGCCAUGAAGAUCCUGAAAAAACGGCACAUCGUGGACACGCGGCAGCAGGAGCACAUACGCUCAGAAAAGCAGAUCAUGCAGGAGGCUCAUUCAGACUUUAUAGUGAGGUUGUACAGGACAUUCAAAGACAGCAAAUACCUGUAUAUGUUGAUGGAAGCUUGCUUGGGAGGAGAACUGUGGACCAUUCUUAGAGACAGAGGAUCUUUUGAAGACUCCACAACACGGUUUUACACGGCCUGUGUGGUGGAAGCUUUCUCUUACCUGCAUUCCAAAGGAAUUAUCUACCGUGAUCUUAAGCCAGAAAACCUCAUCCUGGAUCACAGAGGAUAUGCCAAGCUGGUGGACUUUGGCUUUGCCAAAAAGAUUGGAUUCGGGAAGAAGACGUGGACCUUCUGUGGAACGCCGGAGUAUGUAGCCCCAGAGAUAAUUCUUAACAAAGGCCAUGAUAUCUCAGCAGACUAUUGGUCACUGGGUAUCCUGAUGUAUGAACUCCUAACUGGCAGCCCGCCAUUCUCAGGCCCAGACCCAAUGAAGACAUACAAUAUAAUCUUAAGAGGUAUUGAUAUGAUAGAAUUUCCAAAGAAGAUCACCAAAAAUGCCGCCAACCUAAUAAAGAAACUAUGCAGGGACAAUCCAUCUGAGAGACUGGGAAACUUGAAGAAUGGGGUAAAAGACAUUCAAAAGCACAAAUGGUUUGAAGGCUUUAACUGGGAAGGGCUACGCAAAGGCACCCUCACCCCUCCAAUUAUCCCUGAUGUGUCAUCACCCACCGACACCAGUAACUUUGAUAGUUUCCCUGAGGAGAACGAGGACCCGCCACCUGACGACAACUCAGGAUGGGACACCGAUUUCUAACCUCGGGUCAUGUGACCCUCCGCGCUCUGCCUCUCCGGGCCUGGGCUGUGGCCUUCAGGAUAUCCUUCAGUUUGAAGUGACUGCUGAUUAAAUGAGGCAGACUAUAUGUAUUUUAAAAAAAGUAAACAGCCCAGCUCUGGGUCACCAUGAUGCCUUCCCCAACGCUGCUCCCCCUCCUGGACCUGCAAUUGGAUGCUCCUGCUCCCCGCAGUGCACCAAUCCCAAUCCCAGCCUCUCAUGUAACCAUCCAAGCACCUCUGACUCCUGUGUGCUGAGCUCCAGGUCUCCCACACAGGACCAGAGGCAACCUGUGCUGGCUAGUUUCAUAACACAGCAUUAUUUCUCAUUCUCUUGAAUUAUUGUGCGCUUGCCCUUCUAUUUCCGUCACCUCUAAAUGAUCACACAAGCAGUGAAAUUAGUCAGUGCUUGAACUGCCCAUAAAUAAGUAAGAAGUGGGAAAAGUCCAGUUUCCUACUCCAUUUCUGGUAUUGAUAAUGGUCCAUGCUCAUAAUAAUUUAAUAUUUUACUUUGUUAGCCAUUGUUAGCCAUUGUAAUAAUAUAUGAUAAUAUGUAUAUCUGGUUAUUACUUUUGGAAUUUAAGCUCUCUCAUGUUGUACCAGACAAUACACAGAGAGGCAAUGUAUACAAUGUAUCUGUGAGGGCAAAGUUCCUUCAGAUGGUGAAAUACCUUUUCACUUUUUUGUUGUUGUACAAUUUGAUGUUUAUUUUCUGUAAUAGACACUUCAUAACACUUCAGAUCUCACUUCAGCAUGUUCUUUUUAAAAUGGCUUUAAAGAAACAGCAACACAGUGCAAACAAAUUAACUCAUUUGUGUCAUACUGAAUGUAGGCCAGCGUCCAUGCCUUCAGAUUUCACACCACCAGGGGGCAGGCUGUGACAAACACCAGUGACCUGUGUGCCAGUGUUAGGAUGCCAGUUGAACUACACAGAGACACAUAAACAAGCAGCAAACAACUAUGGUGUGUGCAUGCUGCUAUAUAAUCCACCACGUCCGUGCUGGUCAUGUGUUCUUUAAAUCAUGAUCUUUAACCUAAAACAGAGUCACCCCUCCCCAAAGACUAGAAGACUGCCUUCUGAGUCGCAGUGAUGGCUUGAACAGAAACAACUGUGCUGGAAAACAAAUUAUGGAUUUUUAUUUAUUGUAGGACCAGAGGUAAAUAUUUGUGUAUAUAUUCAGUGCUAAUAUUUUGUGAUACUUGUAAAAGAAAAAGAAAAAAAAUGCUUUGUGAGAGUAACCCAGAUCUGUUAUUUAAUUUGUUUGAACUAUGUUUAAUCUGUAUGGCCUUUGUAGAAUUUGUCCUCCUCUUCUCCGUGGUGGAGACUCUGUGCCCCUCUCAAUCUCUGGAGUUAUUGGAAGUGCCUUAAAUCAACGGCAUUCAACACAGACAUACCCCACAUUUGUUUGAUGCUGCAUGAACAGGUUAUAUGCCUCAAAAAUGUAAUCCUUACUCAUUUGUGGCUUUUUUAAGGUUCUGUGAUUUAUAUGACCUUUUCUUAUAAUAAAAGCACCAUUCAAAAUGA